AUGGAGUCCAAGCAUUAUUGGUUUUCAGACAAUGCUACUAGAUCAAUCCUUCCAAAAGACGACGGUAAAUAUUUAUAUUGGGUCACAGGGAUCAAUGAUGAACUUCCAAUCAUAAUGUCAUCAAAUAUGCCCUAUGAGGAACCUCUCACUUAUGCCCAAAUUAUUCAAGAAGCAGUGAUAGCAUCUCCGUUUAAAACUUUCUUAAGAGCUAAGCGUAACAGCUCCACCGUAACUUAUAAUUACCAAGAAUUUUAUUCUCAAUCUCUCCAAUUUUCUGUAUCACUGAUUUGUCUAGGAAUUGCACAGAGACAAGCAAUUAACAUAAUUGGAUUUAAUUCACCAGAAUGGAUAAUUGCUUUUUCUGGUGCCAUCCUUGCAAAUUGUGUUCCAGUUGGAGUUUACACUACAAGUGGAAGUGAAAAUUGCCUUUAUAUUGCGGAGCAUAGCGAAGCUGAGCUUGUGGUUGUAGAAAACGAGUCUCAUUUAAAGAAAUAUCUGCAUAUAUGAGAUAAGCUCCCUAAAGUAAAAGGAAUUGUGGUUUUUGCCCCAAAGACUGAUUUAAAAGAAUACAAAGGAGAAAGACCUGUAUUUUCAUGGGAGGAGUUCAUGAACUUAGGCUCAGAUGUUGAUCCUCAAGAAAUAGAAAAUCGCAUAAAUUCAAUAAGAGCAACUCAAGCGGUCACUAUUGUUUAUACUUCAGGCACAACUGGACCUCCUAAAGGAGUUCUUCUUAGCCACGACAAUUAUAUUUUCGCUGCCAAAAGAACUCUAGAAAAGUACAGAACCAGUGGAACUGAUGAACAAUUUUUCUCAUAUCUUCCCUACAGUCAUGUGGCUGCUCAGUGUUUUGACUUUUUUACAGUUAUUCUAGCUAAAGGCUGUGUGAAUUUUCCAGAUGAAUCAGCUCUUCAAACUGGUAUUGGCCCAGCUCUAAAAGAAUACAGACCCACCUUCUUUUGGGGUGUCCCAAGAAUAUAUGAAAAAAUUGAAGAGUCAAUCAAGCGUAUGAUUGCUGCAAGCACACCUAGCCAAAAGAAAAUGAUUGCCUGGGCAAGAGAAAUAGGACUAAAAUCAAUGCUUUUGUUGUUUGAGAAAAAGCCUCUUCCUCAUAAUUACCAUAUUGCAAAUUCUUUAUUUUUCCAGCCUCUCAAAGAAGCAUUAGGUUUUGAGAGAUGCAAAACGUUUUUAUUUGGGGCAGCUCCACUUGGUAAAGUAACCCUUGAGUUCUUUUUAUCAGUUGGAAUACCUUUAACAAAUCUUUUUGGGAUGUCUGAAGCUGCUUCUCCAUUGAUGAUGAAUACAAUAUAUGAGUGCUCAGUUUGAAGCGUUGGAAAACCAUUAAGAGGAUGUGAAGCAAAAAUUGUGAAUUCCAAAGGGGAGAAACUACCAUGUGGGGAAAUUGGAGAAAUUGUGUAUAAAGGAAGAAAUAGAUUUUUGGGGUACUUGAAAAAUGAAAAAAGCACGAGAGAAACGAUUGAUUCUCAAGGAUUUUUGCACUCUGGGGAUGAAGGGUUUAUGGACAGGGAUGGAUUUUUUACGAUAACUGGAAGAAUCAAGGAGCUGAUUAUUACGGCGGGAGGUGAAAACAUUCCUCCAGUUCUGAUUGAAGAUGAGUUUAUAAAAUAAAAUGGCAUUCGGUUCGAGUGAAAUUAGCUCCGCUAAUUUUCUCUCUCUCAAGCAAUUUUACUUAAGGGGCUAGGUUUUCUUCUGAGAACUUCUGUACAGCAAUAGCAGUGAGCAAAGUGGUUCGAUCCAGAAGUCCAUGGGCCCUGCAUAUGGAUAAAUAUGGUGGCAGCUCUAGAUGCGGCUACCCCGUCGUGGACGUAAAACAUAAUAGAUAAUAUAACGAUAACGAUUGAAGAUGAAAUCAAAUCACUUUGUAAAAUUGCAAAUUCAGUACUUUGUGUUGGUGAUGCUAAGAAAUAUCUUGCUUUACUUUUGACUUUAAAGAGAGUUCCAAACUCUGAUGGAAGUCUGUCAGAAAAUUUAACUCCAGAGGUCAUCUCAAUUUUGAAAUCAUUCGGGAGUCCGGCAUCUGAAAAUAAAACAGCUAUGGAGUGUCCAUUAGUGCAUAAAUAUAUUCAGCAUGCAAUUGAUCAUUAUAAUAAACAUGCUGUUUCAAGAGUAAGGUAGGUAUGUCAUAAAUAUUUUAUAAUAUUGAGAAGAUUAAAUAAUUUUAUUAUUUUAUAAUAUAAAUCCUAGUUUAAUUUUAAAUAUUUCUGCUAUUUUAUUAAGAGCUGAUUUCAAAAAAACUCAUUUGUAUCCAUUACUUUAAAAUUAAUAGAUGCUCUCAGUGCUUAUUAUAUGGAAGGAAGCCUUACAUCAAAUCAAAAAAUGGGCUUUCCUUCCGCAAGAAUUUUCAGUUGCUGGCGGAGAUUUGACUCCAACUAUGAAAUUAAAGAGAAGUGUAGUCCAUAAAAAGAAUAAAGCUAUCAUUGAUAAGCUUUAUGAAGAUCCUCAUAUCUAA